AAAACUGCCCCUCUCUAUCUCUGUCUCCGGAAAUGGAAAAGCAUGUGACAUUCGCGGUGGUCUCUAUCUUCUGGCUGCUGUUCGCCAUCAUUGGUUUCUUGGUCUCCUAUCGAUUCCAGGAGCGUGGCAUCAUCAGGUGCUGUUGCAUCCUCACGGCCGUAUGCUGCUACUUGGCCUGGCUGGUCACCUUCCUGAUGCAGUUGAAUCCACUCGUGGGACCAAAAAGUGACCAAAAGGUUAUCCUCGGCAUGAUGACCUAUUGGCCCAACUCCUUUAUGCACAAUGAAAAGGACCCAUAGUUCUGUGAGGGAUUCCUAUAUAUAUUUUUAAUGAAUAAAAUAA